AUGUCCAGAGAGAUAUCUCCCGUGCUGCUUGCCGCCUGCGGUACCAUCAUAGGAUUCAUCUAUGUUACCCUCAAAGUUCUGUACAGGCUUUUUGCUCACCCUCUGAACAAAUAUCCUGGCCCCUUCGUGGCAAAGAUCAGCUCUCUAUUCGGUGCUUUUCAUGCUUGCAACACCGACCUGCAUGUCAAAACGUUGAAAGACCAUGAUCGAUAUGGUUCCGUGGUCCGACAUGGGCCCAAUAAGUUGGUAUUCAACACUGCUGGUGCUCUUCGUGAUAUCUACAGAAACGAUCAGGUAACAAAGUCGAAGAGCUACCUUGCAUCACAACGAGCGCCAGGUGUAUUCAACCUAUUCAACGCCAUUGACCCACGGCUACACCAGCAAAAGCGAAAACUGGCGGGCCGCUUCUUGAACAAGAAGUCCAUUGAUGCAUUUGAGCUCGCCAUGAUUCAGCAGAUAGACAUCUUCAUUCAGCAGCUGGGGGCCCAUUCCGUCAAAGGACCAAUCAACAUGACUAGUCAAACUAAGUACCUUGCGAUCGACAUAAUGGGACACCUCCUGUUUGAAUAUCCUCUUAAUCUCCAAACAGAGGCGACUCACCACCACAUGAUGUACUCAAGAGCGAGUUUCUUCUUCAACGUCGCCUUUCAGAUACCCUCCUUUGUCGACCUUGGCAUCCGGAAUCUCCAGUCUCUCUGGUCCAUGUUCAGCAGGAAGCGCUACGUUGAAACCCUGGAACAGAUUAUCCGAAGCCGUCUGUCGCAGGGCCAACAUGUCAAAAAUGAGCUGCAGUUCCUGUCUGCAAAAAUGACCAUACCGCAAGAUGACCAGGAAUGGAUCGAUGACGCCAAAACGGAAGCACUUUGGCAUAUGCUUGCUGGAAGCGACACGACAUCAACCCUUCUCAGUGCACUCUGCUUCUAUCUGGCACGCAAUCCGCGCUGCUACCAAAGGCUGUGCCUAGAGGUCCGCUCCACGUUCAAGGAAGGUGUGGAUAUUCGCGGCGGGCCACUCCUUGCAAGCUGCACGUACUUGCGAGCAUGCAUCGAUGAGGCCUUGAGGAUGACUCCACCAUUGCCAGGGACCCUUUGGCGUGAGGAGCUCGCGCGAGACUCUACAGAACCCCUGAUCGUGGACGGUCAUCUCAUUCCCAAGGGUACGCAAGUUGGCGUCAACACUUAUGCCAUCCUGCACAAUAAAGACUAUUUCCCAGACCCUUUCACGUUCAAGCCUGAGCGGUGGCUUGAGGGGAGCGACGAAGCAAACAGGGAGGCCUUUGCGCCAUUCUCACUGGGCUCACGCGGUUGUCUAGGCAAGUCGAUGGCUUACCUCGAGGCAAGCCUUACCAUGGCUAAGAUGCUCGUGGCUUUUGACUUUACUGAGGCUUCGGACAUGCAAGCGACUUCCAAAGUGGGAGACAAGGCUCUCGAGGCUCAGCAUCCUAAUGUGUUUCAUGUUCGGGACUCAUUUGCGGCACUCCACGAUGGGCCUUUUUUGAAUUUCCGUCAAGUGGGCUUGUAG